CAGGCACACACUCUCCUGGUCACUUCCUUACAACCCAUCUUUCCAUCGCCAUUACCCUUCCUUUCUCUUUCAGCUCUCGCUUUCUUUUCUUUCUUUCGUCUUUCUUCUUCUUUGCCAUCUUCAACUGUCGAUUCUGCCCUUUGGGGGAUUCUUGUCUCUUUGCAGCCUGGUCCCCCCACACUCUCAUCUUCACUUCUCUCCUCUUUCCAAUCCUCACGCUCUUUUAUCUUACAAACUUUCCUUAAUAAAACCCCUCUUUCUCUUCCACCGCCUGCAUCGUCUCCUCCUUCUCUUUGGGUUGACCUUACAACUUCCUCUUUAUCGCUACUCUGUCACUCCCUCUCUUUACCCAUACGCAACGCUUUUUUUUUAUUCUCACUUUCAUGGCCACCCUGACCUCUCCACGACCCGCUGCUACAAGAUCCUGGUGGAGACCCCCUGCACGCAACUACAGGCCACAUCCUGGUCAACAUACUACGAAUCCUUAUUAUGUUACUGCAAAUUCAUUCUCCUCUCCGGUUUCAACAACAGCAACCACCACCGCCAUACAUGUCCCGACAGGACGGCCACAGACAAGAGUGAGUGCAGGAAGAAGAUCAAGAAUAUGGGGGACAAGCUCUUCUGAGACCUUACCACAUUACUGGUUCAGGGCACUAACUUACAUCCUUCGAAUACCCUUCAGAGAACUUAUUGGCAAUACAUCUCGACCUUAUGACCCGACCGCACCAGAGCCUCAACCUGACCUGCUUCUGAACAAUUCAUAUUACCCCAAUGCGUUUGAUUAUUAUAAUUCCUUAGGCACCUAUCGUCCAUCACCACCAACCACAAGCAAUUCUGUAUCGCGAUCGCCUGUUCGACUAUUUUCAAGAGGGACAACAAUAACGGCAGCCACACAACAGCAAACCUUCCAAUAUAUCCCACAGGUCAAGAAGGCAUGGAAAGAAAGGACUUCUGGCAUGAGUUGGGCGCUCUCUACAGCUUUUUUUUCAAGUAUCAUCUGCACCAUAAUCGCAACCGUCGCACUUGCUGUCAACUGGCAGGCAGAAGCCACAUACCUUAAAGUCUUUCUCAUUGCCUUUGUCCUACGCAAGUCAAUCGUCUCUGCCAUUAUGAUCGACCGCGCGCUCUAUCGUCUACCUCUUGGCCUUGUGCAGCCAGAUCCAGAUAUUGAUGACGAACGACAAAAUGGGGUUGCCAUUUACAUGACCCAUUUGUUCACUUGGCAUGGAUACGCCAUGUUCUGUUUUGGUGCACUUUAUGUCAUUAUCUAUGGUUCAUCUCAUUAUAUCAAAACAGCUCCCGUGAUCACAGGCGCAGCCAUUGUUUUCUCAUGCAUGGGCCUCGUACCCUUCUUCACCCUCAUGGCUCUGAUAGUUGGCGCUAUGGCUCUGCUUUACUUUCUCUACAUAUUAUUCUUAUGUUUGUUCUGGCCAUUAGAGAAAUGUGGUCUGUCCAGAAGAAGAGCUAUCAGUCGUAGAAAUGGCGGUUAUAGAAGCAAUGGAACCACCAACACGACAGAUCUACGACAAAUCGAGCAAGCCAUUAUUGACGCAGAGAAUGGUGAAGCUGGUGGCGGCAAUGAUAGUGGCGAUGGAAGGGGCGUUGAUAGAACGUAUAAAAUCAAAAUGACGCCCGCUAUGGCUGCUAUUCCAAUUGUUAUCUUUAGAAAGCCACAACUAAGGUCAACAGCAGAGCAAGGAUUGACAGCAAUUCAACAACAGCAUAACCUUAAAGCACAAAUAGCAGCUCAUUCACUAGUUCGUCAGAGUAUUAUUGAGAAAUAUGAACCUCCUCCAUCAGACACGGAGCAGGAUAUGGAAUCGACAUCAGCAAUAAAUAAGUCUGAAAACGAGGGAGAAGGAAACAGCAUCUCUGUACAAUUAUCUGGAGAGCAAUUUAAUAGUUCUGAAAUUAAUAACUGUCACACAUCUUCGACAUCGCCCGAAACAGGACCAUUGCAAGCUUCAACAGUAGCAGCAUCAUUUGGUCCACGCGCCACGACGGUAGAGAAUGAAUUUGAGCAGGCAAACUCGAGACCUAUUACACGCCCUGGAACACCUUUUCCAUUCACUGGAUCGGACAGUAGAAAUAUCUAUGCAAAUAUAACCUCCACUCCUGAUUCUAUUCUAAAGGAUCCACUCAACAAGGCUAAUAUUAAUGCCGAGGAAACGGCUUUAGCUUCUAAAUCAACUGGAUCUGGCUCAGCGCCUGCUAUAGGUUCUGGAUCAUGGUCUGGAUCAGGAGCAGAAAUGGACCGAUACAUUCUUAACGACUAUCCAACCAUCGAUGAUGAAGAGUGUGCUAUCUGUCUGAGCGUUUUUGAGGACGGUGAUGAGUUGCGACACCUGUAUUGUAACCAUUUCUUCCAUCGUGGCUGUGUUGACCGUUGGCUUGCAAAGCAUCCGUUCUGUCCAAAAUGCAAGCGUCAUAUUUGAGCUCCAUGUUGUUUAAAAAAAUAAAAAAAGAAAGGGGGCAAGUAGCUCAAAUACCACC